ACCUCCCAGUUCCAGAGCAAGGUGCCGGCCCCUCUUAUUAGUUCUGUUCUGCUGCGACUGCAACGCGAUCUGCACUUAUUCUCUCAUCUAACGGACUCGGAGGAUGCGGUCUCCAGCCUGUGCGAUCUUUCUCGGCUACUUUGCGGCGCUUUGCUGCAAGGAAACAUUUGGCGUCUAUGUCUCGUCAGAUAACAGCAAUGUAGAAGUGCACGAGUUUGGAGAGGCGAUUCUUUCCUGCAAGUAUAAACUGGAGAAGGAACACCCUGUGAGACUGGAAUGGAAGAAAGUGGUACCCAACGGCGAUAUCUCAUUCAUCUACUAUAAUAACACACUAGCAGCGAAUUUGCGGGGCCGAGCAGAGAUGAUUGAGUCCAGCAUCUGGUUUAAGAACACAACCAGAGCGGAUUCGGGGAAAUAUCGAUGUGAAGUUACUGCCCCUAAAGACAACAAAUCAUUUCAGGAAAUUGUCAUCGAUUUGAAGGUUUUAGUGGCACCUGGUGUUCCUGUGUGCGACGUCCCUCCGUCAGCAAUGAGCGGCACUGCAGUGGAACUAAAAUGUCGAGAAAGCGAAGGAUUCCCUGUAUCGGAAUACCGGUGGUAUAAAAAUGGCAUCCUCCUGGCGGUAAACCCUGCUCCGAAUGCCAGGCUUACAAACUCAUCUUACACCGUCAAUUCCGCCUCGGGCACUUUGCAAUUCAACACAGUUGCAAGAAUGGAUACAGGGGAUUAUUACUGUGAAGCCAGCAACGGCAUCGGCAAGUCCCAGAAAUGUGCUGUGAGGCAACUGCAAGUCGAUGACCUGAAUGUAGCUGGAAUCAUAGCAGGAGUGGUGGUUGUGGCACUUGUCAUGUUAUUUUGUGGACUUGGUGUCUUCUAUGCUCAGAGGAAAGGAUAUUUUUCAAGAAACACAUCUGGGAAGGAAGGUUCUCAGAAGAUGGCGUCGCAGAAUGAGAAUGAAUUCAAGCACACAAAGUCAUUUGUCAUAUGAGACGACAUAGUGAGGACAGACGUACUGACCACUGCCUUCAUGUUUCUCUCGGACGGGACACGAUUGUGAAUAGUAUAGACUGGACUGGAAGAUUAUCUAUUUUUGCAUUAAAGACAAAAUCCAGAAGAAAA